AUGGCUCCACAAACACAUAAAUUGGCAGCAGCUCAGGACAAGCACUUCCUGAUGUCCAUAAAGAAGAAGCCAGGGCAAAAGCCCUCAGCUGUCAAAGAAGAGCCCACUAUAAUAAGUGAUACACUCUAUGACUGCUGUUUGACAUUUGUGUAUACAGUAUACAUUAAAAAGUCUUGUUCCUGCAAGCAAGAAACCACAAAGGCCUGCACCAAUUGUGCAGAAGAUAAAAAAGUCUGUGCUCCUGUCUCUUCAGAGCUGCAGAAGAAAGUGGCAGCAUUGCUGUCUGAUCAUGAUAAUUUUCUCAGGCUUAAGAACACAACACUUCAAGAGGAAUUGAAAGCCAGUAUGGCAGAACAGGCUGCUGAUCUUAGUGAAUUGCUUGCCAAAAUGGCACCUCUGUUGAACUGA